CUGCGGGUCAUCGAGAUGGCGAUGGGUGGGGUACAGCGACGCGCGCGCGCGCGCGGGGCGAGUGGGAAUGGGUGUGACGGCGUGGACAGGGGAUGGAGAGGGGAGGGUCGUGCGUCGUUUUGGAGGGGUGGUGGAAGGAAGCGUGAUCAGAGGUCGUUGGUCGCUGGAUAGCGCGUGAUGAUUUUGAUGCAGAAGAGUGAUGCAGAGAGGAUGCAGAGUGUGGGUGGAGAGGAGAAGAGGCAGGAGGAGAUGAAUGAUGGGCAAAGAGAUGAGGAUGACCAAGAGGCGGAAAGAGGUAGCCGGGGCCAAGCUUUGGUGGGUGGCGUGAGUGGCGGCAGGACAAGCGCUGGCGUGGCUCAAAGCCAAAGUCUGUCCCAGUACUCCCCAGGGUUACUAUCAGUGUCGACCCCGAUCUUGACUGACUUUUGGCCGCAAUCUUUUAUCUGAUGCUCUUGGCCAACAUCCAGCAGUGUCUUGGGAGAUGUGCAGAUGAUGGCGAGAGAGAGCAAGAUGAUGGUGAUGAUCA